ACUCACUGGUUGGGACCCGGAAGAGGUUUGAGUUGAAAGGUCAGUGACGUCAUGGCCAAGAUGGCAGCCUCCAUAGUAGAAAGUGGAGAAGAUGCAUUUCGAAAAAUAUUCAAGUUUUACAAGAGAAGGAACCCUCCCCCGGAUUUCAGUGAUGUCGUUGACUUUUCUAAAAAUGCACCAAGUGAUAAGGUAGUUCCAGCUAAGUUGGACGCUUCUACCAUGAGCGAUGUGGAGGCUGCCAGGGUGGGAUUACAGCCUGUUAGAGCGUGGAGAGCCUUCGGCUUGCAGGGCUACCCAGGAUUCAUCUUUAUUUCCAAUCCUUUCCUGCGGGGCUCCCAACCCUACUGGGUCAGACAGUGUCUGAAGACUUACCCCCAGAAACCAAACAUCUGCAACCUGGACAUGCACAUGUCUCCCUCUGACACCCAGGACAUCUGGGGCAAGAGUGAACAUAGCCUCAGAGUUCCUCCUUCUGGCAAGAGAGAACCAAAGACUUUACUGGAGAGGCUGCGUUGGGUCACUCUGGGAUAUCAUUACAAUUGGGAUACUAAAACUUACUCUGCCAGCAACUGCACUCCUUUCCCAUCCGAUCUCCACUUGCUGUCCUCCCAAAUAACAGCUGCCUGUGGGUUCCCAGGGUUCAACUCGGAGGCUGGAAUCCUCAACUACUACCGAUCAGAUUCGUCUCUAGGAAUCCACGUGGAUGAAUCAGAACUCGAUCACUCUCGACCACUGCUUUCAUUCAGUUUUGGGCAGUCAGCCAUCUUCCUCCUGGGAGGCACCUGCAGACAGGACGCCCCCACUGCCAUGUACAUGCACAGUGGAGACGUGAUGGUGAUGUCAGGACAGAGCCGCCUCCUUUACCACGCUGUCCCACGCAUCCUUCCAGCACCUCAGGGACUUGGAGUUUUAGAGAUGGAAGGCUGCACCCUGGCCUCAUCCCUGCAGGAAAGCACUGUUGUAGGGCCUGUGUCUGAGGAGGACUGGGCUGUAUGCUCCAGGUACAUCCAGAGCUCCAGAGUGAAUGUGACUGUGAGACAGGUGCUGGGACCAGGGCAGAAUUUCCCAGAAACACCGUCUUCUCACCAAGGGACUGAUACAGACAAGGAAGUCGGGUACCAUGAAGAAAGGGCAGACACAGAGAAUGGAAAAAGGAAGAGGGGCGACAGUGACACCGUUGACACAGUUGAGACGUGAAAGACACCAACCGCUAUGAUACUGUCUUUUAAGAAAUGAUGCUGCUGUGGACAUAAAAACUACAAUGACUAA